UGGCUAUGGAGAGGAGUCUGAAGUCUUCUCUGGUGGCGUUUUUCGGGCAUGUUUGAGCAUGCGACACACUCGUCUGGAUAAUAAUGAAGUACGUUUACGUGUAAACUCUAUCUAAUAUGUAUGCUAAAAGCUUCGGCAUCCAAACCAAGCAAGAAAAAGAGAAAGGCGAAAAGAGUCACUGGAAUAAACGCGGUGAAUUUUUCUAUUAUAUAUGGGUUAAGAAGAAGUGACAAAGGGUUUAAACAACAGGAGUGGAAAUUAAUUAGAGCUCGUUUCGAGAAUCGAGUGUCAGUCGCUGCUUUAUCUCGAGAAUUUGUGGCCCUUGGACCAUUUAGAAUAUGUGGAGAAUAGGUAAUCGAAUAAAUAAUGAGCGAGUGUUAGUGGCAAAUUGAAGUGAAUUGUGAAUUAGGGCAAAUAGAGCAUUCAGUAUCGCCAUCAGUAUGGAAAAUUAUUUAUUAAUGAAAAUGUGUUUGGACUAUCUAAUAAUAGGGUUUGAAAAUUUCAUUGCACCAACGAACUCUCUAGCUGUUAAUUUAAGCUCAAUUCACAUUGCAUUAGGAAUUAUAAUUUUGAAUGCAUUUUCACCUUUUUGGUUGCUCUUUUGAUCGGCUUUUCCAUGCCCAAAUACUCGAUGGUGCUGUGGAAAGUCUAGUCCUGGGCCUUAUAUACACAUUAAUUCACUUUAGCAUGAAAGCCACUUUACACUAUUACCCGCACAACAACUCAGGGGGUGGCAUAGUGUGUAAGGAUGUGCCGUGGUUAUUGCAAAACUGCGCAACGUGGAAAAAUUCAUCAAGCGCAAAAUAACAUUGCAUACUUUAUGGCGCAUUAUGAAAACACACGCGCAAGACUUGAGUGUGCGGGUGGUUAUGUUUCAAGGGUUGCGGCGUGGCGGGGUGGCGGGGAGCGGAAAUUUGCUCUAAAUUUACACAAAAACGUUUUAGAAAAUGUGCACAACAUGGCAACCCUGUCUACCAUGCUGCCCUAUUACGGCUCCCUUCUGCAGACACUUAAAACUGCAGGAAACAAUUGAUACAAUGAACAUACGAAAUGGGUUUUCCACAUUUUUUAACAGUUUAUAUCUUUUCAUACAGAAAGCAAUCAUAUUAUUGUUUAACCAUUAAUUUAUUAAAGGUGCUAAAAAGUAUGCAACACUGUUUUUCUAUGAUAUCCCAUAACAUAAUAUAAUAUAAUAUAUUAUAUAAUAUAUCCCAUAACAUAAUAUAACAUAAGUGUAUACAUAAUUCAAAGAUUAUUUUAUUGUUACAGAGCAGGAACAAGUAUGGAGAUGGAUUUUAAAAAUACAUUUAUUUCACAUAUUCAAAUAUGUAUGUUUUUAAUAUUUCCACGUAUGGAUAGUUUACUGUUUUGAAACCAUGGAAAACGCAAGCUAGCAGUUAACCCCGAAAACUUCCACGCCCUCCUAACCCCUGACUAUUCCGAUGAGUUAUGCAGAUAGCACUGAUGAUGAUUAUGAUGAUGAUGACGAGAACCAGAGACAGAAAAUGUGGGGGAGUGCAAACAGAGCAACAAUCAUGGCGACGCGGACGAUGAUGAUAAUGAAGCCCCUGCAGAUAAUGACGAUGAUGGUGGCGUCUCUCCAGCUGACGUCAGCCAGUACAAACCCCCCACAGCACAGCUCCAGUGCUCCAACAUUCGUGGGAUAUUUUCACCAUAUGGCAGAGUAAUGAUAAUAAACUCCUAAAAACACAGAGACACGAACGAGCACAGGCGUGAUGAAAAUGGAGGAGGAUAAGGGAGGAUAAAGCAACAGGAGACGGGAAAAGUGUCGUCAUCGCCUUCAAGGAUGUCACUCGUCUCUUAUCAGUGGGGAAAACCGAAGCGGCGAGGCAGCGAAUGCAGCAACUUGGCAACUUUGCAACUUGGACUAACGCCCCAGAUAACGUCAGUUAUUUUCAUUCAAUUUCAGGAACCGACACACAAAACCGCAGAAAAAUUCGCAUUUUGUUUGAUUUCCAUCCGUCAGCAGGCGGGUUGGAAAAUUUCAGCAACCGUAAAUCUCAACCAGAGCAGAAAAUACUGCGAAAUAACCAGAAACAAAGCGGGUUAAAUGAUGUAACACGAUGUGGUUUACACAAAUUCCAAUUCAUAACAUGGGUUAUUCAUAACAUUGCAUACUUUUGAACAGUUGUUUUACUUUCAGAACUACAAUCUACUAUUUCAGGGAAUCAUUUUUAAUGUUGCCAUUAACUAUCAUACAAUUUAGCCGUGAUUAAGUUGAUAAAGUCUCCAUUUCCUGGCCACAAAAUGCAUUUAUAUUUUUACUUAACUACUAACUAACAACUGACAAAUGCAAUUAAAAAUGUGCAGAAACAACUCAGUCCCCUCAAUGCCAAUAACAAGUUGGAAACAAAACACAUACAGAAAAAACAAUUCCGUGGCCACUUGAUUUUGGGCUGUACUUUAAUCUUUUAGGAAAGUAUAACCACAAAGCCUCAAUAUUAUUUUGUAUAAAAAGAAUUUUUGUUUAAUCUAUAUUACUUUAUUUUUUUAAACAACUAUAGCCAAAGUUUCGCUCGGUGCAGGACAGAGGUAGAGCAUCAUCAUCACCAGAAGGACAGGGACAUGGCCAUGAGCGUUGUUGGCUAACGUUGUUCCAUCAACUCAUCGCCAGCAUCCUUCGACUGCUCCUUGGUAUCGUACUGUACUAUAGUAUACUGUACUGUGCUGUACUGUAACUGCUGCUGCUCCUGCUGGUUUUUGCGAUGCUUUCGCUAUUGCUAUUACGGUUGCUGUGGCCCCGCAGGCGUUAUAUGUAAUUGCAUUUUUUAGUUUUAAUGGAGCGCACACAACAAGGGGAAUAGGAACCGGCUGGCUAAAAGGGGGAUUGGUACUGAACUCAGUUGAAAUGAGGAACGGAAGCCGUUUCCCUUUGGCCAGAAGCUCUCUCGCUCGCUGCGAAUGUAAUUAAUUUGUAACGUUUGAUGACAAGCUUAAUGGCCAGCAGUCCAGCUGGGUGGGAUGGAUGAUCGAGCUGGCGAUUGGGUGGGUAGGUGGGUGUCCUUGUGGGUGGUUUGUGGGUGGCAGGACUGGACAUAAAAUGGCAGGAGAGGGCCACCGCCUGGUGCGUGUGACUGACUGGAUUGCACUGCACGGCGAGGUAUUGUAUCGAGGGUUGGUCCUUAAUAGUUUUAUAAUUGAUUCUGAUAUGAUUUGGCAAAAUGAGAAAGAAAAAAAAAAAGAAAGAGAAAACGAAAUGCAAGGUACAACGAAAUUGCAGCAUUAAAUUCGAUUUACAGUUCAUUUACAGAGGGUGGUAACAAAUUGAAUUGAAAAUUCUACCGAACAGGGGUUGCAUUGAAACAAAUUUAAGGGAGUUGUUAACGAUUUUAAAUUAAACUGGCAAUUUACGGCUAAAUAAGUUUGCUGUUCUUUGCAAAACUUGGCCAAACUUUAGUUGGCUCAUUUCAAUAGUUCGCUAAUUGCAUUAAUUUAGCACCGAAAUUGCAGUCAACAUUCCCCGCGUUAGCCUAAUAGACAGCGACAUGAUUAAAGCCAAGACAAACAAACUCGCAAUGGGGCGCAGACACGUGCAAAAUGAGUUAACAAUUUGCAUGCAAAUCUGCGCCGACAAGUCGCCUAAUGUUAACCCAUUAAGGCCGUGAAAAGCUGUCGUCGCUGCCCUGAAAUCAAAUUGUCGCCGUUGCUGCCUCGUCAUUGCAGAUUUUCCAGUUCGUUUCGCGCCAACGUGGGGGAAAAAAAGUCACAUUAGAUGACUUCCCAGCGAUAUCAUAAUGGGCGAAAAGCUGCGCAUUUUUCUUUCCCUCCUAAUGAUGCUUGAAAUCGGUAGGUUGGGGGGGUUUUCUUCAGCGAGGCGGGGGCACAGUUCAAUCAUUUACGUUUAGGAGUCGCAAUACAUUUUAAAUCGAUCAAAAGCCAUGGGGAUUAAAUUUGAUUUAUGUCUGGCAUAACGUGAUAUAUAUUAUUUCGAAAUUUCAUUCAAGUAAGUCCUAACAUUAUGGUAUUCAGUGAAAUUAGUGACUGCUAAGAAGUUGGUAGUACUUAUUUAAUGGUAAUGAAAGUCUUUCAGAGUUAGUUUUUCAGGCAGUCUCAAAAUGAUUUCUACCUUUUAUUUUCGUAUUCUUUAUAUUUUUAAGUAUUUGUAAUUACUGUUUGGAUCAAUCAAGGUGGCGGUGUGAAAAUGCUUCAGACAUUAAUUGGAUUCGCCCUGAGGCGGCGGAGCAAACAAACCAGAGUUGUCAACUCCAUCUCUAUAUAUCCAUCCAUCCGUCCAGCCCCGCCCCAAAAAAAAAAAAAAAAAACCAAGUGCUCUGCCCCGCCCCUUUUCACACAUCAGUGCUAUCAUCGCGUCUUCUUCUUCAUCUGCAGCUUCGGCUUGUUCUGCUUCUUCUACAUGUCGGCAAAGUUUUUUGAUAUCACGAGUGUGGUUAGGUGCGCUGGGCGCAAAAAAGUUGAGGAAGAGAAGGGCGAUGUGGCAAGGGGAAGGUAGAGGUGAGGUGAGGGGCCACUGAGGUCGGAGUGAGUCUACAAAAGUGUCACAGCAUAAAAGCACAAUCUAUCCCCUACCAAACCCCUUUUGAUACCAGUGUCGUUCUUUCGCUGUGUCCACUCUGAAAAGUGUGAGAAUUAUGUGGACCGUGGACACGGUGGAUAAGGAACACCCAAACAGACACAACAACAAAAUCCACACACACACACACAUUCAACCACACUGAGCAUUCAACCAUUGCAGUGUCAUUCACACCGACUCACGAUUCACUCCGUCGACUAUUUUUAAUACCCUGUAAUACAUGCUGAUAAACUAAACAUUUAAUCAAAGCAAGGACCUGAAAGUCGAAAAUAAAUACUUCAAUAUAGCAUAUAGCUAGAUUAACUCAGUAAAUAUACCAAAAUAUUUUUCUAAUUUUCCUGGUUGAGAUUUUAUAAUUUUUUUAAGAAAUACAAAUAUUAUUCAAGCGUAUUUUCCGCGCCAAUUUAGAAAGAGUACAUAAAUCCCCUAAACUAAUAGACUUUUUCUAACCAGCUUCUAGUACUUAUUUUUUUUUUGGCGAGGAAGAUAGAGGACAACUUUUUCGUGCCGAGUUUUAGCAAACUCAUUUAUGUAGUUCUCGCUUCAUGUUUACUUAAAGUUCAGCUCGAGUGUUGUUUUUACAAAUUGUUAUCCACUGUGUGUCGGUUGGGGUGUGUCAAUGUGUGCGUGGCUGUGCGGAUGUGUGUGUGGGUGUUUUUUUGGUGGGCGGCAGACGAAAAUAAAUGCAGACAGUUUGGGAGUCACAGUGGCAGUUUCAGUUCAGGAGUGACUCCAAAUUCACUGUCGGCUUUCGGCUUUGGUGUUGACCUUAGUUUUUCUUUACCAUUCACCAUUCUCCAUUUUCCUGGGCACAUUGCUGUGGAUUUUGGUCCAUGAUAGUUUCAGUUUAGAUUAGUAAACAUUUCUAAUUAAUGUUGAAAAGGCGUGCAAUUUGCUCAGCUUGUGGGCGAAAUUCUAAAAAUGCCAGGAAUUGGAUUUGCUGCAUGAGGAGAAAUCAGAUAGCCCUGGGAAUUCUUAAUGGCCAGCUUCUGGUUGCAUAUUUUAGAAGGGGGAAAAAAGAGUUGACUUGCUAAAUAAAAUUAUUUUACUACCUAUAGUAAUCAUUUUAUCAGGCAACCAAUUUAUAGUUUUCUAAUAAAAUUCGACAUCAAAUUAAUUGCAGCCAACCGCUUAAACACUCUAUUAACUUUAAUCUUCGCCCCUCAACUUGCAUUUAUAACUUUUAUCGCCCAGUUUUCCUGAAACGAACUAUAGCUAUAGUUACCACUGACGUAAUCCAGUCAAGAAACCCAUUAAAAAAUAUAUUAACACCAGACUUGAUUCACUCUUAGAGGCAAUAAAAAAUAAAAUCCACAUAUACUUGCUGUCAACAGUUUAGCACAGACGGUGCGGAUAGCAAGUGGACCCCUAAGGAGGACCCUCAUCAAUUUUAUUUAUAGAUUUAUUUAUGCGCUGUUUUCCUUCUUUAUUGAUUCUCAUAAGACUCGCAGAUCGAGCAGUUGAUUAAUUUAAUUAAUCAAAUACACAUUAGCGGCACGAACCAUCCCGGAUCGAAUGAAAUCAACUCUCGGGUAAUCAUUUUGGAAGAACACAACAUGAGGAAUAGUAGAAGAAGCCAAUUCGUUCAAUGAACUUGUAGUGCAGAAAAAGAGAAGCACUUCAAAUCGAAUCUAGUCAAUUAUUAUGCUUAUUAUCGUGCGUCUUAAUUGCCUACUUGUUGCACAUUGCAGACGCUAUUUAGACCGUUGAAAGUUGGCUUAGAAAGUUGCCAAUAAAAACCAUUGGCCAAUGACCCAAAAACAAGCCAAGAAAUCUGAAGAAAAUCUGUGCUGGCAGAGGAAAAACCAGAACUCCGUACUUCUGGCCUUUUUUCUUACUGACAUUUACAGCUUGGACAAGAACUGCAGCAGCAGCAGCAGCAGCAUCAGCAAAAGAACAGGGCAGUGGAAAAAGCUGCAGACAGACACAUGGAGAUAAUGUCUUUGCAUGUUUUGUGCCAUUGCAAAUCUCGGCAAACCCGAAAAAAAAAGAAAAAAAGGCAAAGUAUACCCAAACCAGGAAGCCACAUCCAGAAGGUCCAGAUGUUCAGGCAAAUAGAAGUUGGUUAGCAGGGAGGGGGGGAAGUUCGAGUUGGAGUUCCCAACCAGUUGAAAGCCGAGACUAAAGAAGGGGUUUUAGCAUUCACGGCGGUAUCUUUUGGCCACUCAAGUGUGUGUUUGCAUCGUUGUUCUAGGCCAGUUUACAUAGCACAGCUUUUGAGAUAUUGACGCUUGGUGCACGAAAAAAAAACCGGGAAUAAAAAGCCUCACGAUGCAGCCAACGAAUACAAGAUACUUCGGCUUGAUAGGCAAAUAAAGUGUUUAGUGUAAUACCAAGAAAAAAAGUUAUUAUAAUAAUUAUUUCUAAGUAAGAAAUAGAAUUUAUAAUACGUCUGUUUUUGUGAAUAACUUUUUUUUAAGUCCAUAAAAAAAUUAGUAGGUUAGGGACAAUUAUUCCUAAUGUUCAAACACUUGCUACUUUGCACCAACAUCAAAGAAAUUCCAGCGAAUCGCUUUAAUUUAUUGCCAUCGAUUGUAAUUAUUCAAAUGGCUGUCGCAAAAGUCUUUGUUCUAGUUUUUCCUCAUUUUCUCUCUUUUACUCCUCUAUAACCAUUUUAUUCUUGCUGUAGCAAGUUUUUCCAGUUCACUUGAAAAACUAUGCAAAUUGUUUUCGGAACUUUGCGGGUAAUGAGAUGCAUGGCAAAUUGCUUGGAGUAAUAACCACAGUUAAACCAGCACUGUACAGUUAAAGAUAUAUUGCAAUUGGUUUGAGUUUAAUUGGGCAAACAUGAGUUAUAUUAAACCAUUAACCACAAUAAAGAAGGAGUCGAACUUGUAAACAGCUGAGUUGCGAUAUUGAGCUGAGUUUCAGUCCGCGUUCAUUCCUGAUUUUCCAUAUAUAAUUGGCCCAUGACGAAAAGGGAAUUGUACACAAUAAGUACAAUAAAAGCCCCAAUGAAUAUAACUUGCUAAACAAACAAACCGCCGGAUGUGAUAGAUAAGGUGAAAAGAGGAAGAGCGCAAAGGGGGCGGGCUUAACACCCCAAACGUGACAUCAUCAUUUUAUAAUUUUAAUGAUUCCCAAGAAUGGUCAGCGGCAAUCGACAAUAGAGGUCUACAAAUUGCUAUAAAGUAUGAAUGAAAAGAUGAGCGGAAAAGGGAAUGAAAAUAUAGAAAGGUAGGCUUGGUGUAAAAAAAAAUAAAAAAAAAGUAUAGUAAAGACGCUCAAUCGAGGUGGACAUUGACCCAGGUGGAUAACUGAGACCCCCACUGAUGAUGGUACUUAAAAUAAUAGUAAAGCAAAUGCUCGCAUAAACAACAAUUAAACUUAAACGCAAAGUGCGUAACAGCACAGAAAAGAGACGGAAAGCGGUAACAAUGGACGAAUGCAAGACAUUGACCCAGGCUUUAAGCCGAGACUCGAACCAUUGGCAUAUGAAUGGCAAGCCAAAGCAACAUAACUCAUUUGCAUAACGAAACAACAAAACAAACGGCACAAACUUGUUGCUUUCCUACACCCAACAUGUUGACAAGCGCGCCUCAAAGUUAAGGCCAAGGUCAGACUGGCAACAUGUUGCCAAUCUUAAACUUAGUUGCUAAUUAGACAAGAUAAAGAUGGAAGUCCCAUUUAAUUUAUUAAAAAGGGUAAGCAAACUAAAUAUUCUAUUGUAAUUUCUUUAAGAUAUCAACAAUGUAGGAUAUAUACAUUUUUUUUUUUAUUAAUCUCUAACAAUAAAGAAGAAAAGGCAUUGAAAACCGUUUUCUUAGCCUUUUUUCAGCGUGCUUUCGAGCUACUAGUAAAUCGGGGCUUAAGAAGAUAUCCAAAGGUCAAGAGUUGCAUUUCGUGAAGUUGCUGGUAGCAUAAACAACAACAUCUAUGACCACACAUGCAUGCGUGUUAAUGGUUUUCGAGGAAAAAAAAAAUCAGCACUUCAUUCAAUGCCGGAAAAACUUUGGCUUAGACCAAAAACCACUUUAAAAAGGUCAGCCAAAAGUCGCAAUACACCAUUUUCUACAGAAUGCUUGCGCAAGAGGAGAAUGAGAAGUAGCUGAAUAUGGUUACCCCAUCCCAAACCAAUUAACAUGCUUCUGCUUAGGGUCGUAAUGAAGAAACUCCACCGCCCACUCUGUCAGAUUCUUAAGCACUACCGAUUUUCUACGAUUUGCCCCAGCCUCGCUUUUUAUAGCUCUCUUCAAACUAAUAAUCAUGACUUGUUGAUCUUGACGCUGCUCUUUUUACUCACUUGCUAACUUUUUCGCAUUUUACACUCACUAUAAUGGAUCAGAAUUGAAGAGCACAUACGACUAAGAUACGUCUUUAUAAGCUCAGUCUGAAGGUUUAAAUAUCUUAUUCAUAAAUGUUUCUUUUAGAUUGGAAAUGGAUGAAGUUAUUCUUGGGCAUGCUAUUCUUUCUAUAAUAAUAUAUAGAUUUCAUUCACUGCCCACUAAUAUACGUCACUUUUGCUACACGUUCUAAGCUGCUUGGAUUUAACGGUGGAUGACUGUGAUUUUUGUUGCUGGGUGUUGGAUUCUUACUACCGACGGAUGCUGUAGUUAUUUUCCCCUUUAUUUGUGGCUGCCUUUUUCACGCAUUAUCGUCAUUAUGAUCAUCAUUGCGAGAGACGAUUACCCGAAUGCCGCCAACUAUUAUGGAUGAUGUAAGUGCAAAAAGCCAUUGAACGCUUAUUAUUUUUUCACCUCUCUUUUAGAUAGAUUUUUUUCUUACUUCACUUAGCCAAUAAACGCGGCGGAGCAAUAAACUUUGAACAGACUGUGGCUAGACAUCAACGUGGAGAACCUUUCACUUUGGCUUGGCUUCCUAACUUAAAUGUUAAAUUCAAGCUAAGCAGCUUAAGACCAUUUCGCUGGGGAAAAGUUUGUGGUUAUCCUUGAACGAAAAACACUUUCAUUGACUCCUCGUUUUGGGGGCUGCCAAAAUGCGUUUUGUUGGCGUGGCAAAUCCAGGCUAACGGAAGCAAAAGGACACAUCAUUUUCCCCUCUUCUAAAAGACGUCGCUCACUUUUCAUCUGCAGUUAGUGGCUUGGAAGUUACUUGGCUGCAUUUUCUGUUUAGCUGCGUUUAGCUUACCAAGUAGUUUUGGCACUUUACCAAGGUUAAGUUAGACUUUCCCCCACCAACGCACACAAAACAAAAGCCAAACUGAAUCCGGCAAAAAUAAGUGAUAAAAACAGGUCAUAAAAGUGGAGCGUGGGUUGCUUAACAUUCAAUUCAAGGACUUCUAGAAUAAGUCGUUAAAUGCCGAAUAACUAUGGGGGGUGAGUGUAAAAAGAACCUUUAAAAAAUUGCACUAUCCCUCAAACUUGAAGGGAUUACUUUUUAUGAAGAUGAGAUGAAUGGCCGUUUCCCCUCUGUACAUUUUAACUGUAGCACUUUCUGGACAAGAGAAAAGUUAUAAUAAUUUCUUUAUUCUAACAUAAGAAAGACUGGUUGGCUUUUCAGGGUCUUCGAUGGAAAAGCACCUAUUUGAGCAUUUUUCCGGCUUCAUAAAAAGUCAAACCGCAAAGAAAAAGACCAAAGGAGGAAGAAAGAAAGAGACGGCAAUCAGCCAAAGCGGGACAUAUAGAAAGAGACAGCAUAAACGAAAUGAAGUCAGCGAGCAAAGUGCGUAGACAAAAACAAACAGCUGCAAACUGAAAUUGAAAACGUUACGCAUGCGCCGCUUCCCCAAAUGAAUUUUACUGGGGCUUUCCAUGGAAAUCCGCAUGUACUCUACUUUUUUUCUUUUUUUUACUCUUUGCUGUGUCUGUCGCUAGCCUUUCAAACCUAUCGAAUAUCAAAGAGAGAAAGAGCAAGAGAGAUAUCGAAGGAAGUCAGAGGGAGUCAGCAACACCACAAAUUGGAAGCUGCAAGGCUGGCAAAUGAAAUUCGCAAUUGGAAACGUGAGGUUAAGAUGCACCGCCCCUCCACACCCCAUCACCUCAUCACCCAACCAUCCACAUUCACAUCCAUGCAUCUUUUCCGUUCAGUGAGCACCUCAUCCGCAGCCGAUGAAAUUGAAUCUGCUCCGUCUGCAAGGCAAUAAAAGUGGGCGACUGACCAGAGAGAUGCGUCACAAGUCGGUCGACAGCCAGCGCACACAUAAGUUAUGGAGCCAUGGAUCUGGAUAUCCUGAAUCAGCACUCGUCCACCUUUCUAUGGAUCGCCCUAUGGGGCACAUGGAGCCUGUUGCUGUUAAACUUCCAGGGAUGUCAAGCGGUUCCUGGCGGCAGCAGUGGAGAGCGCGUCCACAUACGUCUCCACAUGCCGGAGGUGGUGCGUCAGCACACGCAUUUCCAUAAUGUCUAUAAGCUACCGAGGAAAAUACACCCAGUUCCUGCACCACCACCCACAACGAUCGCAUCAAUGCAUCCCAAGUUCGUGGGAAAACCCCACGUACAACUUUUGGGCUAUACGACGGCAGUGGGAAAUUCGGGACCAAUGGCACCCAAUAUAAUGCAGCUGAUGGGAACGGCGACCACGCCCACCAUGAUGGCAACGCCCACCAAUUUAAUGCCUAAUUACGGGCCCGCAUUAUUCGAUAAUUACAAUCAGGAGUCGGCUUUGAGUGCCACAACAACGACAACAACAGCGAGACCUCAGAUUGUAAAAGCCUCCAAGCAGCAACAAUUGCUGCAACAAAUUUUCACACCUCAAAUAAAUGAAGAUGAGGACACUUCAGCGGAGGAUAAUCAAGUGGAGAGCAACUCUUUACUCAAUAACAAUUUCCUUGAGGCUCUUCAAAGGGAAUACCUGGCCAAGUUCGGUGGACGGCGUAAACGCAAGAAAUCCAGUGCAAAAUUGAGGAAUACCAACAAGAACUAUAUUAAUAACUUUAGGAAUAAACCAUACUAUUAUCAGGAUGAGGAUUUGUCAGAGAACUUUGAAGACUAUCAAGAUGAACAGCCACAUCAUGAGGAUUACGAGGAAGUGAUGGUGAUGAGUAGUCCCGGUAAAUAUGGAGGUUAUUAUCCAUCGGAAUCGGAGGAAAUGGAUCAGGAUCACGCACAUGGUUAUGACAGUGCUGUGGCCUUCAGUGGUCACGAUAAUAGCAUUUCGUCCUCCGUUCCAACAAUGGAGGAGUUUCUUGAAGAUGCCAAUAAUCCUGUACCUGGUUAUGGAGUAGGGGAAAAUUUUGAACCCUACAGCAACUCAAAUGACAUGUAUUCCCAGCCUUGGCAGCCCUCCUCUACGAGUGCCACAAUGGGCAACAGUUGGCCAAGACCUACUGCCAAUUCCUACACCAAUUCCUCAAAGGGCCCAAAAUCAAGACCUGUAAGAUCAAGAGGUCGACCGAAAGUUCGAUAUGUCAAGUUAAUCACUAGAAAAAAACGCAAAAGUCACCUACGCACGAAAAGGUAUCGACCAUAAAGCUGAGAUGGCAUUUGUAAAAUGGUUAUUUAGUUACUCUUUUUUAGUUUAAGUUAAAUGUGGAUUGAAUUAUUUAUAAAAAUACCAAAAAUUAAAGAAAAAGGCCUGAUUUAUAAAAUUUAAAUUCUUUUAAAUAAGCUGUUGAAUUUUUCUUUAUAUCAAGAUAUCCUGUUUAUAAUCUAUUUUCAUUUAUAAUUUAAAAUUUAAUAGUAUUUAAGUCUUACCCCUUAUAUAGUCUUGAAUAUCAAUUGAUUUGAAGCUCUUACCUGGAAUGAAAAAUAAUAAAAGUUGGUUAAUUAAAUACAUAAAAGCUAGGUUAC